AUGAAGUUAUUUCUCCAGCUAGCCGGCGCGUGCGGCUUAAUGUCCGCUCAAAUGACAAACAGUCAGCCAAAGAGUGAGCCGUUUUCGUACUUGUCCCAAAUGGUCUCCAAUCAUCAGCUGGAAUUCGGAGGAGAAUGGCAGCUGAAAUAUGUGAUUCCUCAAGUAAUCAACAGCCGCAAACUCGCCCUACAAAGAAUCAAAAAAGCGGAGCGAGAAAGAAUCCGAAAGUUGAGAAAGCAACCACGUGUUCGCCGAGAAACGACGAGUAAUCGAGUCAUUGGCGGCUUCGACGUUGUUGAUAAUUCCUGGCAGUUUAUGGUCGAUAUCGGCGGCUUAUGCGGAGGGAGCUUGAUUUCGAACAGAUUUGUGCUCACUGCUGCGCAUUGCUGCCAAAAAGCAUCGUUUGAUUAUAUGAUCUUGCGAAUCGGCAUCAGGAGUUUGAGCGAUACCGCAAACUCGGUCAAUCGCCGCGCCGAGAAGAAGGUAAUUCAUCCCGACUUCCAGCCAGAAAAGCUCACUAACGACAUUUGCCUGGUCCUUCUAAACGAGCCGGUCGAUUUUGAUGAACGAAUCCAGGCAAUCGCCCUUCCGGGCCACGAAGAGGGAAUUUUCGACGGCGAAACGCACGGAUUCGUAGCCGGCUGGGGUUUGACAGGUAUGAUAGGCUCCGCGAGCUAUGGAGAGCUUCUUCCGACGCAGUUGAAAAAUGCGAUGGUGCCGCUGGUAAGUGAUUCUAGCUGUAAGAGCAGCUACUCGGGCAUUGUCGAUACAGAAACUUCCUUCUGUGCGGGAGACAAUCAAACAGACACUUGUACGUUUGACUCUGGCGGACCUCUGGUUGUCCUCAAGCAGCGAAAUAGCAAGUACAGGGACCAUGUCGCCAUUCUGGCCGGAAUUACUUCUUGGGGAGAAGGAUGCGCUGUCGAUAAAAAACCGGGAGUGUACACCAGAGUCCAGCACUAUCUAGAUUGGAUCGAAGAAACAAGGCAAUCACUCGAUGCUAAUGCAGUUUCUUGCGGAAAUAUCGCCCAGUUUGUUGACCCAAACUCGCCCGUGCCGAUUGAGUGGAAAUGCUCAUCGAUGGAUGAGCAGUGCUGGCUGCACUGCCCAGCUGGUUAUGUUCCCUCCCUCAUUUCAGUCAGGUGCCGAGGUCAGCGCACUUGGAUAUCGGCGAUCGGCCAAAACAUUCCGAAGCAGUCUCUGACCUGCGAGCCCCAAAGCAACGUACAGUCGACCGAAUGCGGCACUCUGGAUGGAUAUGCCGAGACUGGACGAGAUCAUCUUUUUGAUCAGACGAAGAUUGAUGCUCGCUGCAACAGUCAUGGAGAAUGCCUGUUUUAUUGCAAAGGAACGGAAGUCAGAGCCACGGGCAUGUUUUACACGCGGUGCAAAACGAAGUCGAAAAGCUGGAAGCCUCGACCACGAAUCGUCCAAGAACCAACCUGCUAA